GCCACCCCUCCUCGCCUUUGCCAUGGCGACACCGAGUGGCCUGAUCCGGGCCCUGCACCGCAGAACCCUCACCCAGGUUCCUGAGCAUACAGAACUUGCCUGGAUUCUUGGGUGCUUAACUAACAUGCCACGUCUGCUACGCUUGCCCCAGUGGAAGAUGAAGCGUGCCAGCCAGAAUAAUGAAGGAACUGUUGGUUUGUUGACUUACCCUGUGCUUCAAGCAGCAGAUAUUUUGCUGUACAAGUCGACACAUGUUCCCGUUGGAGAAGAUCAAGUCCUGCACCUGGAACUAGCCCAAGAUAUAGCACAACAUUUCAACAAGAAAUAUGGAGAAUUCUUUCCUGUGCCCAAAGCCAUUUUAAGCAAAACAAAGAAAAUAAAAUCCCUCAGAGAUCCAACAGUGAAGAUGUCCAAGUCAGACCCACAGAAGUUAGCUACUAUUAACAUAGCAGACAGCCCUGAUGAAAUAGUGCUGAAAUUCCGCAAAGCAGUGACUGACUUUACCUCUGAGGUGACCUACGACCCAGCCAGUCGCCCUGGUGUCUCCAAUCUGGUGUCCAUUCAUGCUGCAGUAACGGGGCUUAGCAUCAAAGAAGUGCUGCACCAGUCUGCUGGUCUUGACACUGCUCACUACAAAAUGGUGGUAGCAGAGUCAGUUAUUCAAAAAUUUGCACCUAUCAGGAAGGAAAUCAAGAAACUCCAGGAAGACAAAUCCCACCUGAUAAAGGUUUUAGAGGAUGGAGCACAAAAAGCCAAAGAUUUGGCUGCCCCCAUUUAUCAAGAAAUAAGAAGAUUGGUGGGAUUUCAGUAGAAACUGCUGAGUGGUUACAAGGACUUUUGUUUCUUGGGACAGACAUUUUGUUAUUUGUAUCUUCAUUUUGGUUUGAAACAAAAACUUCUCCUGGAAAAUCCAAGUAGAACAUUUUCAUUAAAAAGUGUGCAUGAAGCCGGGUAUUUCCAGUGGGACCAGCAUUAAGCUUUGUCUGAAUAGUCAGAGAGGAAAGGCAAAGCAAUCACAAUUUGUUAAAAAAUCCCUCAAAAGCAGAAUAUGAGAUUGCCCCAGUGGGGUUUCGGUUUUUACCAUUGACCACUGCAAGAAGCUGAGGUAUAGGCAAGGCAAUCAGAAUCUAGCAGAAAGGUCUGUAAUCUUCCCAAGAACAUCCUUAGCUGUGCGUGUGAUCAUGUUGGAGAUGGACAACUCGUCCCAUUGGUGGCUAUUCAGCUUUGAUAUGGUGGUUGAAUGUGUUCUUGGAUAACGAGCAUAAAAACAUAAGAUUGCAGAUCAAAAUGCUCAGGCUGAUGAAGAGAGAACUUACUACUUCUCCCUGUCGCAUCUUCAAACUCAGUGUGAUUUUGUAUCUGCGUCUAGUUUGUGUGAAGAGAGUCUGUGUGUCUUAUGGAUACGGAUAUCCAUACUCUAAAACUCACUGUGACUACUGUGCUAGACGGCCUCUUUGAUAGUCACUCCAAAGAAUCCAGAGAGUGGACUUGAAUUUUACUUCUGCCACCUGUGCCAUCCUGCUGGUUCAGGUCUUAAUGCACUUCAGUGAGAAGCAACGUGCUUCAGCUGCUCCCAUUCCACCUGCUGAUCGGUUUAGCAAGGAGCUCCAGGAUUUUCAGUUCAGCCUUAAGUCUAGGAUUCCUUUAGAAAAGGUGCAACCCUGUGUGUAAGAAACCUCAGGUUGAGAAAUCAGAAAACUUUCUGUAAAAUUUACAAAAUUACUUGUUUAGAAAAUUGUGCUGAAGUCAAAGCCAAAAUGGGAAUAAAUAGAUCUUUAUGACCUUUCACUACUGAGCCUCCAAAAGCUCAGUGAUGGAAGAAUGGUAUUAGCCUGUGCUGAUCUUAGGCCUCACAAGACCCACAGACUGGGACCCAUGGACCAUGGCAUUUGCUGGGAGACGUGUGGCAAAGGGGAAUUGCCAAAAGGAAACACCCUCUUCUGAAGAGGGAGCAGUAAUACAUGUUAAAAGGUAAUGAAAGCCCUACUGGUCCUGUGCCAGCGUAUGUAAGUGUAUCAUUGCACUUAAUGGUGCUGAGUUUGAAAUUGCUGUACUGUAAUGUAAAUUGAGUUCAUCCUGUAUCCCAGCAGCUCAUAACCAUUACAUGCCUAUGGCAUUUGUCAUGAAGGACUGCAGUCUUACAUGACUGAGUUAGUAAAACUGGGGGGGGGGGCGUGUUUUCUGUGUAGUGCAGGUUUGUGGUUUUUUUUUUUUUAAAAAAAAAAAAGCUAUUUAGUUAAUUAUCAUAGUGAGGUGAUUCAGAUAGAAUUACUUAAUUUUGCAAAACAAGAAGUUGAGGACUGGCUGUCUACAGAUCGUUACUGAGACUUGUAUUUAUUUGUUAGGAAUCUGAAGAAGAGAACUACUGUGCAAGAACUUGAUGAUGACAGAGUUUCUAAAGUUAGUCAAGACUUAGAGGAACAGAGUGGAUGGUGGAUGGAGACAGAAUGGUGGGAAACCAAACUUGGUGUAGACAGGUCCAGGGUAAUGUCCUCUGGAAAUAAGUGUAUUCAAAAAUAGUCCCUGGUUUCAAAUUAACUGUAGGAGAUUAAGAAAGGGCACAGUCAUAACUGUGCAUAUUUAGGUAGUUUUACAAAACUCCUGUCAGUGUUUAGCAGCUACAUUACUCUGCAUGGGAACUACAAUAGAAAAGUAAGACACACAGUUACUGCUGCUUGCUGAGUUGCCAUAAAGUGUUUGCUGUGACACUUUUUAACAUGGGUUGGUUUCUACAAAGGACCCACAAUGGAUUCCUUAAGCGAAGCUAAUGCAGUGCUCAUGGAGAUACUGGAAAUCUUUAACACUAAUGCAUCUAGUUUCUACUUGUUCCUAGCAAAGCUGUCUUUAUACUUCUGAUACUCAUAUCACCUAACAUACAGGGUUCACAUUCAACACUCCUCCUUUGCAGUGAGAAGAAAAUAGCAGUAUUCACGAGUCUUCAAUACAAUUUAUUUUAAAAAGCAGGGGAGGGGACAACAUCAACAGGCAAUUCUAGCUUGUUACACAAACUGUUCUGAGCAGUCUUUCCAAAACUGUUAGUUUUUGGUUUUGGGGUGGUUUGUUUGGUUUGGUUUGGUUUGGUUUGGUUUUUCAGAAAAUCACAUAAGUAAAGCAGAAAGAAAAGCUUCAAAAGAGCUCCUUCUUUGGGGUAGGGGUUUAAUACAUCACAUAUUUAGCAGUGUUUAAAUCAAAUUUACUGAUUUCUCUCUUUUUAAUUAAAGAAUCAACUGGAGUUUUCCCCUUCCCUUUCCCCUAUCAGUCAAACAAAUCUCACUUGCCUGCCCUUCAAGUAGGGAAAUAUGCCUGCUUUUUCUCCUUCAGUAAAGUGAAACUUGUGUAAAAUGAGUAUGUUCUUCUACUGACUGUUGAUUUAGCCCUUUUAUUUUAGUAGCUUCUGUGGAGGAAUUCUCAAAAUAAAAGCUGUGCCUGCCUAGUGAAAUAAUCCCAAUUCCACUAACGACCAUGAUCAUUAGAGUUCCCUGACAGGAGACAACCGUAAUAUAGAUGUUUGCAGGUAUCUCCUGCCUAUUUCAGUUUUCUUAGAGCGUGGCUUUUCUGGGAAGUUAACUAUCUUGGCAUUCACAUUAAGAGUCUAGCUGGACCAAGCCUGUCUGCCUCUCUGCAUUCCUUGAGCCAUUUUCUUGGCAUCUGGGAAGACUUUGGCAGACAGAAGCUGAGCUUGAAGCAACAUCUGCUCACUGCUAUCAGUAAAAAUUGUUUGAUACCAAGCUACUCCGAUCUCUUUGCUCUUUUACCUCCCUGUUUCCUUUCAGAACAUUUUUGUAAGCACCCAUUCUAGAUGGUGUGCUGAGGCAGUGUUUACUUUAUCAAAGUAGUGCAGAUGAGUUAAAGCAGCUUUUUAGAGAACAGUUGUUGGAGAAGGCUUGAUAAUAUGUGUUUCAGAAGGAUUUGUUUCACACAAAGUCUAAUACGGUGUGCCAGGGAUUUACUACUGCUGGUUUACAUGUGGAGUGCAGUAGGUGCAUUUCUGAGACACAUUUUCAUGUUUGGUUUCAUCCAGUUCAUGUUCCCUGACACUUACCUGUGAUGCUUGCUGAAGUGCCGUUAGUGGGGACACGGGGGAGUUUCUGCAGAAGCACACUCCUGAUCCCAACUCCCAACUGCCAUGCUAGCGUGGAAAUGCCCUGUGGUGCUGUGGAAGUCAUUGUAAGGUGCUCGUCCAGGACUGGAUGGGAAAGAGAUCCAAUUUGCAUCUUUCCUAGUUGAAGGGUGCAGAGGUAUCCUUACCCCUUGCUGUGUUGCUCUUUGUUUCUGCUUCCUUUUCUUCAGCAAUCCUUUUCCUCAAAUACGUGCAGUAAUUUGUGUCUUAGUCUUGAAACAUCCUCCUUUCCCGUCCCAGUAUGUUCAGUGCAUGGGAACUACAUAUGUAGUGGUUGGGAUCUGCAGUAUCAGACCUAGAAUCUCCAGGUAACUGAAGAGAUUCACUUACCUUUAGAGAUGAACAUCAACUCCACAGCGAAUAACUUACCAAGAUCUAACUGAAACAUUCCUACAUUUGAGAUAUACACCUUUACAGCCAAUGCUUCUUAGGAAGUCAUCUUGUCACUUACCAGAAGAUGUUGAGAGUGAGUCUCAGUUCUGCGCUCCAAAUUUGGAGCACAGAAUUAUUUGGAGCACAGAACUUACUGGGAAUUUUAGAUUCAGGAACAGUGUUUUCUUCAACAGGGACUCCAGAUGAUGUUUGGACUCAUAAUGUAACUCUGGCACUGCUCCAGUAUCUACAUACAUCCCUGCCUCAAAUAACUGGAGCGUAUGUAUAUUGUACAUUUUACUAGAAAUUGUUUGUAACUCUUAAAAAUGCAGUUGAAGUAUACUUAGUUUUCAAACACCAUGAUCUGUGUUCUCAGGUUCUUCAGAAGGCCUUGUGCAUAGCUGUGAUUCAGUGUGCAUUUAUCUACAAACCAUUCCAGCAAAACUCCUUUGCAGGAUUAUGGUUGCUGCAGUUCAAGAUUAGGGAAUUCGUACGAGUGAGCUGAAAGUUUAAGGAAAGGACAGUGAAAUGGGAUCCUUUGGGACUGACGUGCAUCUAAACGUUUUGGGACUGUAGGCUAUCAGAGCAAAUGUUUUCUUAUACUUAGGGCCAUCGUGAUCCUGACAGCAGCACAGCAGUAAAUACUGCUGAUGAAAGCCUUUGUGUCAGCUUAUGUAGGAACUCUGUAUCUGACUCGUUGAGGACUGUACUAUAUCAUAAAACUUUAACAUUUCUGGUCUCCACAGUUUGCUAAAUGAUUGUGUCAGCAGAAAUCUGUUUGGAAACCACUAGCCAAAGCCAAAUCUAAUCCUCAGAUCCAAAGUCCUUAGACGAUUUCCCAAAACAGGUUGGUUUUGAUAAGCUAUAAUACCAAUUUCAGUAGCUGCUGAAGGAUCAGGAAGAGCCAGAGAUCUGUUCCAAAUGACUCAUUCAUAUUUUUCAUUACUUCUCUGAUGCAUGUUCUACUUAUCCGUAUGGCUCGAGGAUCAUGAGAAAACUCAGUGAGAGUCUGUGUGUGGUUCUGCUAAUAGCAACGAUAUAGACCCAGCUGGGUUUGAGUCUUGAAUCUAUUGAGCAUGCUCUCUCAGUGGUCCAGCUUCGUUAGAUUUAUGUUCAGGUCGAUAGAUCUUUCACCUGUACUCCUGCCUCUAUGUUUGAGUUACUGGAUGCUCCCUACCUGUUUGUUUAUGACUGAUUGCUUCACAGAGAGUCUAGCAUGCUAGCAUAGGGGGUCUACUGGAAAAGGUUUUCUGUUCAGGGAAGAUGUUAUUUGUUCUUGCUAAGAAAACAAACUCCCUCUUUCUGCUAUAUUGGACUGUCUAAUUUCCUUUAAAUUAUUUGAUCUUUUCCUUCUUUUGUGGGUAAACAUGGCAAUAAUGGCCGCUAGAAAAAUGUCACUUUACUGUGUAGUCAAAAGUCUUGGAAGGAUGCAGGCAUCUCCUCUCAUCAUUUCAGAAGUCCCUUACAUUGUGGGACUUCACUACUUGCAUGAGCCAGUUUCAGGAAAAAUGCUGUAGCAAAACUGUGAUCUUAUGUGACAUUCUUUGAUCCAAUUAAAGCUUUUGUGUUUUUGUUUGGUUUUUUUAAGUCACAAGGUUGUGGGAGAAGACUUUUGUUAAACUUUGAAUUUCCAACCGAGCUUUCUAUCACAUAGUCCUUUGGUGACCAGAGGACAGCUGAAGUAAUGAAAAACUCUCUUUAUUGUCACAAAAGAUUCUGUGCUGAUUUCCACUGUCUUUUCUGUCGGUUUUGUUGGUUGUGCUAAUGGUCAUACUGUGAAAGCUUUGACAGAAAAGUAUUUAUUUUGUUUUGUGCUGAUGAAAAAUCAUUCUACCUGCAACAGUCCCACAUUAUUAUGCAAAUGGAAGAUUCACUGAUGAUUUUGCUUUUAGGCAGCAGCUUUGGUUUCACAACUAUUUUAUAGAAAACUAAAUGCCAGGCUCCUGCACUAAGGGAUGAGCACAUAUGCCCACUUACAAUAAACAGUUUAACAUCUGGGAAGAUAUUUUGCUACUGUGGUAAAUUGCUGUCACAGAACACCAUGACUGAAGAUGAGAUUAUCCACUACUUGAGUGAUCUCGUGCUGCCUGUGGAUGUGAAACUAAGCACUGAGCUUAAUGUCUGUUGCGCUGUCGUGCUCUCAGCACUCCAACGUGGCUGUGAGACAGGAACGGCAAACAACCACACCAGAAGGCUCAAUCAGUUCCAGAUGUGCUGUAUUUGGUGUAUCUGCAAAAUAAAAUGUUGGGACAAGA